GAUGCCAAGCUAAGAAAAGACGUGGAUUGAAGAUGAAGAAGCCUCGUGGAGAUGGGCUUGCAAGUUGCAACCCCAAUUUAAAAUCUGUAAUUCAUAAAAUUUUAAGCCAUUAAUCCAUUAUACGAGGAGACCAGUGCCCUGUUUUAGCGGUUUUUUCUCCCUCCACGCUCCAAAACCAGGUUAGCACUUAGCACUAGCAUUGCCCUUUCUCCACACCACAGGCAGAAGCAGAACCCUAAUUGACGCUAAUUUGAUUCAAUUCAAUUUCAGUCAUUUAACACACAGACACUCGCCUAGAUAGUCCAUGUACCCAUGCGGUUUAUGCAUCCGAGGCGUCAACUCUUAGUCGCUUUUCUAUAAGGAAGACGAGAUGGGACAGGCAUUGCGUCGAGUCUCUGGACGAGCCCGGAGCUCGAUCAAGGACCCUCCGGUGGCAUCGUCGUCACACGUCAAGAACGUCGAGAGGCGGUCCCCGGUGGUCUCCUUUGAGCCGACGCAAGAUGCGAAGAACCGUGGGGAAGGUGGAGCCGGUGAUCCUAUCGAUUCCGAUAAUAUCCCAAGGAUUAAUAGAGAGAAUGUCCUUGAAGAGAGAGAUCCAGGAUAUGAUGCCAUGCUUAGUCAGAUGGUGGGUAGAAUUAGAUCAAAACCUGGAGGAAAACUUGAAAUGGGAGAGCCAUUUGUUGUGGAGAAGUAUAACCGGCCCAUGCCAAAGCUGCGGAAUACAAAGCCAGACUCUGGUCGUUACGAGGAAAGGCCAGUUCCUGUGGGGACAUUGAAUGUGGCUCAGCUCCGACAGAUCCUUCUCCUGCAUCAAGGCAAAGCUGAUGACCAUGAGGGGCCCAUGGAUGCACACCAGAUUGCUGAGAAGUUCCGAGUUGAUGUUGUGCAGGUUCAGAGGAUCUUGCAGUUUGUGUCGAUCCCUCCAGAAGACAACAGAAAAACGAAAGACAAGCUCUGAUGUUUUACCAUGUUAGCUAACCUUCCUCUGUGUUGACAGUGAUCCUCUCAGAGAGCCCCAGUGAGCCGGUGAGGAGUGUGUUUUCAACUGGUUCAGUUGCUGGUAUGUUUUUCCCCCAAAAAUGUAGCAAAAGAUGCACAGAAUUCCCUCUCGUCAGGGGAUAUGAAAGUAGUGAGCUAAGAGUUUUGAACUGCGUCUUGGACAUGUGAUCUGGGACCCAAAAACGGUAGGAAUCAUAAUCAAUAAAUGAGAUUUAUCUGUUCGAAUAGAAACUGGGUGUGUGUCACUUUAACUUCUGGUAUUAGGGUGAUCAUCAUUAUCA